ACAAAUGAUCAGAUAUGACACACUAUGAGAUAAAUAUUCCAUUACUUGCUUUUUAUAAGUUGUUCAUACUUUUAAUACCACUUUUUAAAUAAUCAUUCUUCAUUGCUAUGAUACUUGAUUUAUGUGGAAUGAUAAAAAAUAAAGAAUAACAAUGCUAAAGUCACCUAAAAGAAAGUGAAAAUAGACAAUAGUUUCACAUAAAAUUUUAUUAAGCUUCUUAAGAUUUGAUUUAGCUUUAAUAAUUUUUGCUGUAUUUCUCAUUUUAGUUCUGAUGACGAUCAGCGCAGCCAUCAACUGAUGCACUAUUUAUACACCCAGUGCCAACGACUGUCAGAUAAUUUCGAGGCUAAUCCAUCAGAAUUUGACUUGGAUUUCCUUGAACAACGCUAUGAAGAGAUCUACAGCAUCUUAUUACGAGCUCAACAGACUGGAGUCUUCAUUAACAUUGAUGACAUUUUGGAAAGUAUACAGAGAGUGCUGUACUUAGUAGGUGAAAAAAACAACCACACAGGUGGAUUUAAGCCUCCAUUGAUCGUAUCUGGGGGAAGAGGACGGCCAUCUUGGGAUAUUUCGGAAGAGCAACUGAAGUUCCUUUUAGAGUACAAUUUCACUGUUCGUGAAAUAGGAGAACUGCUCGGUGUGAGCUGCAGCACUGUACGAAGAAGAAUGGCUGAGAGCAAUCUCUCUGUGAGAAUGAGCUACAGCAACAUUAGUGAUGAAGAUCUGCAAAAACUUGUCCAGAAUUUUAUUAUGGAGUGUCCAGACUCUGGAAUAAAAAC